AUCUGGAUUUGGGAGCCUGGAAGCAGCUUUCUGGGCUGGGCCGGAGCAGCAGGAUGGGCAACGCGGCCGGCAGCGUGGAGCAGGCUCCGGCCAAGGAGACUAAGACCCAGCCACCGGCGACAACUCUGCCAGCCAAGCAGCCUGCGCCCCCGAAGCAGCCCAUGCCCAGCGCUGGGGAGCUGGAGGAAAGAUUCACCCAUGUGCUGGAUUCCAUGAACUUGCCGCCCGACAAGAUGAAGCUGCUUAGCCAGUACGACAGUGAGAAGAAGUGGGAGCUGAUCUGUGACCAGGAACGGUUCCAGGUCAAGAACCCCCCCUCUGCGUACAUCCAGAAACUGAAGAGCUACUUGGAUACGGGCGGAGUCAGCAGAAAGGUGACCUCCGAUUGGCUGAUUGCCAUGGCGUUUAAGAGGCGAGUGCAGGAGUCCACACAGGUGCUCCGAGAGCUGGAGAUCUCGCUGAGGACCAACUAUAUCCGCUGGGUGCAGGAGUUCCUGAACGAGGAGAACAAGGGGCUGGACGUGCUGCUGGAAUACCUCGCCUUCGCCCAGUGCGCCGUCACGUACAAUAUGGAGAGCGCAGAUAACGGGAGCCCGGGCUCUGACAAGGGCAAGUCCCCGGACAGAUCCAUGGAGGACCUCAGCAAGAGCAACUCCUCGUCCCCCACACAGGGCUCCUCCAAAACGAGGAACCUGACUAUCAGACUCAACCCGGUGCACAGCAGGAAGGCACUGCGGAACUCGCGCAUCAUCAGCCAGAAGGACGACGUCCACCUCUGCAUCAUGUGCCUGCGCGCCAUCAUGAACUACCAGUCUGGAUUCAGCCUGGUGAUGAACCAUCCAGCCUGUGUCAACGAGAUCACCUUGAGCCUGAACAACAAGAACCCAAGGACCAAAGCCCUCGUCCUGGAGCUGCUAGCUGCCGUGUGCCUGGUCCGAGGCGGGCACGACAUCAUCCUCGCCGCCUUCGACAACUUCAAAGAGGUCUGCGGAGAGAAGAAUCGCUUUGAGAAGCUGAUGGAGUAUUUCCGAAAUGAGGACAGUAACAUUGACUUCAUGGUGGCCUGCAUGCAGUUUAUCAACAUCGUGGUGCACUCGGUGGAGAACAUGAACUUCCGCGUCUUCCUGCAAUACGAGUUCACUCACCUGGGGCUGGAUGAGUAUCUGGAGAGGCUGCGUUACACGGAGAGUGACAAGCUGCAGGUGCAGAUCCAGGCAUACCUGGAUAACAUCUUCGAUGUGGGCGCCCUGCUGGAGGACACAGAGACCAAGAAUGCUGUGCUGGAGCACAUGGAGGACCUACAGGAGCAAGUGGGGCAGCUGACAGAGAAGCUCCAGGAUGCGGAGAACGAGUCAAUGGCCAAGAUCGCGGAGCUGGAGAAACAGCUGAGCCAGACGCGCCGUGAAGUAGAGACACUCCGGGAGCGGCUCAGCGAAUCCAGCAGCCAAGCCAGCUCCCCCCCACAACAGCAGCAGCAGCAGAGGCUGGCGGAUGCCCGUCCCUCGGCCUUGGAGCAGAAGCUGGAGGAGCUGGAGGAGAAAGGGUUAGUCCGGAUCCUGCGUGGGCCAGAGGGAGCCGUUGCCAUCGAGAUUGUCCCUGUUGUCAUGGAAACCACAGCAGUCCCCACGGUUACUGUAGAAGCCUCCGCCUCUACCAGCACAGAUUUGGCAUCUCCUUCCAUUUGCUCCCCACUGCCGCCCCCUGCUGCUGCCCAGACGAUUCCUCCGCCUCCCCCACUGCCCCACACCGAAGACACCGGCUCUGCCAACCUGCCUUCUCAGCAGCAAGCCCAACCUUCUGCACCCCCUCCAGCUCCACCCCUUCCUGGGAGCGACACCCCUCCACCUGCCCCGCCCCUUCCCGGGGUCGAAAUCCCACCACCUCCUCCCCUCUCGGUGGAGGGUGGCCCGGCCCCUCCUCCCCCUCCGCCCCCACCCCUGGGAAUGCCAGCUGGGGAGGUCAGUGGCCCAACAGCAGCAGCCAGUUCAGCCGUCAAGAUCAAGAAGCCGAUUCAAACCAAGUUCAGAAUGCCCAUCUUCAACUGGGUGGCUCUGAAACCCACCCAGAUCAACGGGACCAUCUUCAACGAGCUCAACGAUGAGAAGGUCCUGCAGGAACUGGACAUGAACGACUUUGAGGAGCAGUUCAAGACAAAGGCUCAGGGCCCUAGCUUAGACAUCAGCACCCUGAAGGUGAAGGCUGUUCAGAAGGCCCCUAGCAAGGUGACGCUGAUCGAGUCCAACCGAGCCAAGAACCUGGCCAUCACGCUCCGCAAGGGCGGCCUCAGCAUCGACAGCAUCUGCAAAGCCAUCCAGACGUACGACUUGCAGAGCCUGAGCCUGGAUUUCCUGGAGCUGCUGCAGCGCUUCCUGCCCACCGAAUAUGAGCUAACGCUGAUCCGCAAGUACGAGAAGGAGCAGCGGCCACUGGAGGAGCUGUCGGACGAGGACAUCUUCAUGAUCAAAUUCAGCCAAAUCCCUCGCCUCGCCGAGCGCAUGAACAUCAUGACCUUCCUGGGCAACUUCAGCGACACCGCCCAGCUCCUGAUGCCGCAACUCAACGCCAUCAUCGCCGCCUCCAUGUCCCUCAAGUCCUCGACCAAGCUCCGCAACAUCCUGGAGAUCGUCCUGGCCUUCGGGAACUACAUGAACAGCAGCAAGCGCGGAGCAGCCUACGGCUUCCGGCUGCAGAGCCUCGAUGCGCUGCUGGAGAUGAAGUCAACGGACCGGAAGCAGACGCUGCUGCACUACAUCGGGCGGGUGAUCAUGGAGAAGUACCCGGAGCUGACGGGCUUCCACACCGAGCUGCACUUCCUGGACAAGGCGGGCUCAGUGUCCCUGGACAGCGUGUUGCAGGACAUGAGGGCCCUGCAGCGGGGCAUGGAGCUCACCCGCAAGGAGUUCAUGCGGCAGGACGACAGCCAGGUGCUCAAGGACUUCCUCAAGGCCAACACCGAGGUGAUGGAGAAGCUGCAGACUGACAGCAAGACCGCCCAGGAGGCCUAUGAGUCAGCUGUGGAGUACUUCGGGGAGAACCCCAAGACCAGCCCCCCCACCAUGUUCUUCCCUAUAUUUGUGCGCUUCGUCAAGGCCUAUAAGAAAGUGGAGCAGGACAUCGAGCUCUGGAGGAAAGAAGCAGCAGCUGCCAAAGAAGUGGAGUCCAAUUCCCCCAGCAAGCCAGAGCCAAAGUCUCCUGCCCCCAAGGCCAAGCGCCAGCAGAUGGACAUGAUCGCUGAGCUGAAGAAGAAGCAGAUGGUGAAGGAGCCCCUCAUUUACGAGGGAGGAGAUGGCGCCAUUGAGGACAUUAUUUCAGCUCUGAAGACAGUUCCUUUCACAGCCCGGACAGGCAAGCGCUCGUCCCGGCUCUUUUGCGAGGCCAGCUUCAAUGAGGAGAGCCCCCUGUAGCUCUAGGUCUGCGGAACCAGCCAUACAGGCGCGGCGACACCGGCCGGUGCAGCGCCAAGAAACGACCCAC